UUCCUUCUUCCCCAAACUUACUCUCUCUAUCUCUAUAAAUCUCUCUGUUUCUCUUCAUCAAAUUUUGGUAUCCCAAAAGUACUAAUUCUGUGUGUGUUAAUGGUUCUAGUUAUGGAUGAUGAAGAGAGUAACAACGUUGAAAGAUAUGACGACGUCGUAUUGCCAGGGUUUAGGUUCCAUCCCACUGAUGAAGAACUCGUAAGUUUCUACUUGAAACGGAAGGUUUUACACAAAUCUCUUCCCUUUGAUCUCAUCAAGAAAGUCGACAUUUACAAAUACGAUCCAUGGGACCUCCCAAAGCUUGCAGCGAUGGGGGAAAAAGAGUGGUACUUUUAUUGUCCUAGAGACAGGAAAUACCGCAACAGCACAAGACCUAACCGAGUAACUGGAGGUGGCUUCUGGAAAGCAACCGGAACAGACCGGCCUAUAUACUCAUUGGACUCCACUCGAUGCAUCGGUUUGAAGAAAUCACUUGUGUUCUACCGUGGUCGAGCUGCUAAAGGAGUCAAAACCGAUUGGAUGAUGCAUGAAUUUCGUCUCCCUUCUCUCUCUGACUCUCAUCACUCAUCAUAUCCCAAUUACAAUAACAAGAAGCAACACCUUAACAAUAACAACAACAGCAAGGAGCUUCCUUCAAACGAUGCUUGGGCGAUAUGUAGAAUAUUUAAGAAGACAAAUGCAGUAUCCUCACAAAGAUCAAUCCCACAAUCUUGGGUUUAUCCAACGAUUCCUGACAACAAUCAACAGUCACACAACAACACCGCAACUCUCUUAGCUUCAUCAGACGUUCUCAGCCACAUAUCAACAAGACAAAACUUUAUUCCUUCUCCAGUCAACGAACCCGCAAGCUUCACAGAAUCAGCUGCUUCUUACUUCGCGUCUCAGAUGCUCGGAGUCACGUACAAUACAGCCAGAAACAACGGAACAGGGGAUGCUCUGUUUCUGAGAAACAAUGGAACAGGGGAUGCUCUGGUUCUGAGCAACAAUGAGAAUAACUACUUCAACAACUUGACUGGAGGGUUGACUCAUGAGGUUCCGAAUGUAAGAUCAAUGGUGAUGGAGGAGACUACGGGGAGUGAGAUGUCGGCGACGUCGUAUUCCACUAACAAUUAAGAUCAUAGUACUAUUAACACUUGAAUUAGUGUAGACGUUGAUCAUCGCUAAUAUGUAUUAAUUUUUCUUGUCUUACUAUAAACGUUGCUUCUCUUUUGGUUUCUUGAAGGCCGAAAAGAAAAAGAAAAAAACAAAGACUUGCUUCGAACAUGCAACUUCUCCUUAAUUUGGUAUAGAUAAUUGUAAUGGC